ACAGUAUAUCAAAUGAGUAUUCCACCAAUUUGGCUCUCUUGUGCCUUGUAAUUUGAGCGCUGUCUUUAAUUCUCGUUGACUGAAGAUGCACCGCUUCCCGUGCAUUACAAGUUAGGUCCUUAGUUAGCCAUGCUCUUCCAAUGUGCCCAAGCCAUAAUCAAAUACGGCCAACGGUGUGACCAAGCGACCUAAAUCGCUUGGUCAACAUGAGCCGCUUGCAUUGCAAGUUGGUGAUGAGGCACUCGGGCAUCCAUUGCAUCCUUGAACUUACUUGCCGUGGACAAUCUCACAGCAAUUGAUGUUGAAUACUUCGGUUUUAGCGCUUCGCAACUUGAGACCUUUUUAAGUGGGGCUAAAUUCGAAGGGAUUCAUUUCCUCACUACGUUAUCAUGAAAACUUACUUUUUUCUUGUGUGCCUGGCGAAAGGGCUUUGGGGCACAUCCAUCGACGACCAUCCAUCCGGAAUGGUCCCAUAAACCCUGAUGUAUACAGAAUCAGAACCACGAGGGUUUCUACACUUUCUGUGAGGAGUGAAGGAAGGAAUCGAGGGAUUGUGGUGAGCGGAAUUGUGGUAAAGAAGGGAAGGAACGGCCGAGACGAUUGAAUCGAUUGGUCGAUCAGUCGAUCGAUCGAUCAAUUCGUGUCGAGAAGAUCUCACCUCCGAUUGAGGUGGAAAUCAAGAUCUGUCGGCGUCAAUCAUGUCUGUCGCGCGAGCUCUACGAAGAGCUGCGGCUCCACUGAGACGGUGCGCCGCGCCGUAUCUCGUGGAUCAGCCGACAUUGACUGCCGCUUCUGGCAGGAGUUUCACGGCCGCCGUAGAAGGCAGUGCCGCUGGUGUAAGAUCCGCUCCACUAUGGACGCUUUCCCGAAUGGCUUCCACGGCCCGUGAGGUUGGUCGAGAGUCCGACGGCGGACUCCUUUCAGUUCUGAGGGCCGAGCUGGACCACGAAAGGAAAACCUACUCGCAACCGAAGGAAGUGUCAAGAGGUCCUCCGAAGCCGUGGACCUUGACAGACAAGCAGGGUCAUGCUGACAUCAUUUUAAGGAGGUCUCAUGGUCAAGAGGAUAUCGCAGUGACCUGUGUAUAUCAACCGGAUACCUACGGCGAAAACCACGCGGACGAUGAACCGGAAGGAAGUGAUCAAGACGAGAGAGACGAUGAGUCGGCCUCGUGCGUUAAUAUGACCAUCACAGUCAACAAGGGAGCAGACAAUCCUACACUAGAAAUCAGCGCCACAUCCUAUGGAAAUGAGAUCUCUAUUGAUCAUGUCUACUUCUGGGAGGACAAAGAUUCAAGGGACGCUCUUUACGACGGACCAAACUUUAUGCAAUUAGAUGAAGAACUGCAAACUCAAUUUGAGAAGUACAUCAAGGCCCGGGGGGUGAAUAGGGAAUUGGUCUCCUACUUGUUUCAGCUUUUGGACGAUAAGGAGCAACGUGAGUACAUGCGGUGGUUGCAAAAGGUGGAAUCUUUCAUCAAGCAGUAAUUCUUAUGAUCAAACGAGAAUCCUCGUACACAGAGACUGUCUAGACUGUCUAGAUACUAUUUUUGUCCUUAUCAGUGGGCUGAAGAGCGAGGGUGUCCAGGUGAACUCUACCUCGCCGAGGCCACCACGAGUUUCGUACCAAAUUGUCAUGAGUUUUUGAGGACACUGCAAGACUGUAGUCUUUUGGGCAUUGGUGUCAGCAGUACAUAGACAUCAGUUUUCAAGGACACAAAUCAUAGGAAUACCUGCAGUUAAACUGCAGAUCUUUGUGGUUACCACGUGAUAAUGUUUAAUGAUACAAUUUCCCCAUUCCGAGCCAU